AUGGAGGCAAGCAACUCCCCUGUCCUGCAUUCGGGAUGGGUCCUUAAGAAGAAGAAGAAGAAGAUGCAAGGUUACGCCAAGCGUUGGCUGAUCUUGUUCCAGGACGGUACACUGUCCUACGCACUGGCCCCCGAGAAGGAGUCGCGUGGCAUUAUCGACGUUCCCCACGCCAGUGUCAGCUCGGACAUCCGCCAUGGCACCAUCCACGUCGACAGUGGCUCGAACGUCUUCCAUUUCAAAAUGUUGAGCGACACCGACUUUGACACCUGGCGUAACAAGAUGCGCAAGUUCCUGCACGUUGGCAGCGGCCAGGAUGCUAGCGUGAGCGACCUGAAGCCGGCCGUGCACAGCAUCGACCGUGCGGAUGACAUCGUCCGCUCUAGCAUCCAGACGCUGACCAAUGUCCAGGCGGCGCAGCGUAUCCCGGAGGUCGGUGCGGUGAUCACUGCCCUGCAGGAGCUCGAGACGGAGCACGCCCAGAUCCGCCAGACGCUCUCGCGUCGCGGCGACGGCAGCGUUUCUCGCUCCAGCACCCCAGCGAGUGCCGCGGGUGUGGGCGCGGGCGCUGCCGCGGGCGUUGCGGGCGGUGCCGGUGCGGGACUGCUCGCGAGCUCGGCGACGUCGCAGAGUGGAGCCGAUGAUGGUGACUUCUACGAUGCAUACGACGACUUUGAUGGCGUCGAGUACCAGAUCGAGGAGGACACGGGCCGUGCCGGUGAAGAAAAUGACGAUGACGACCAAGACGAGGGCGGCGAAGACGACAGCGACAACGAGGAGGGCAAUGCUCCGGCGGUCGCUGCCGUGCCGACCGGCGCUUCGCAAGGCAAGGCGGUGACCUAUCGCAAGGAGCUGCCUGCCCCGGUGUCGGGCGAGGAAGUGUCGCUCUUCAGCAUGCUUAAGAAGAACGUGGGCAAGGACCUGUCGACCAUUUCCUUCCCUGUGACCUUCAACUGCCCCUUGUCUCUUCUGCAGGCUGCCGCCGAGGAGUACGAGUACGCUCCUGACCUGCUGGAGCGUGCUGCGACCGCCAAGGACAGUAUCGACCGUAUCUCGCUGGUUGGUGCGUUUGCCGUCAGUGGAUACGCGUCGACGGCCCACCGCUCGAGCCGUAAGCCGUUCAACCCGCUGCUAGGUGAGACGUUCGAGUGCGUGCGCACCGACCGUGACCUCUUCUUUGUUGCGGAGAAGGUUGUGCACCGCCCUCCGAUCGUUGCCGCCUACGCGCAAGGCAAGGGCUGGAAGGCGACUUCCUGCGGCACCGUCAAGAACAAGUUCUGGGGCAAGUCGCUCGAGCUCAUCUCCGAGGGUUGCAACAUUGUCGAGCUGGACAGCGGAGAUGUGUACAGUAUCAGCAAGCCCAGCUCGUUCAUGCGCAAUCUCCUGGCGGGCAACAAAUACCUGGAGCACGUCGGUGAGAUGACCGUUGUCAACCUCAAGACUAACGAGCGUCUCGUGAUUCAGUUCAAGGAGUCGUCCAUGUUUGGUGGUCCCGCCUCACGCAACCACAUCACUGGUACGGUGUAUGAUGCGAACAACUCGGAAACCGCUUCGAUCAAGGGCAAGUGGGACGAGCAGGUCGCUCGCCAGGUCGGCAAGGACCACCUGCAGGUGCUCUGGGAGGCGAAUUCCAUGCCGCCGAACCCUGACAAGUACUAUGGCUUCACUUACUUCGCUUUGUCGCUCAAUGAGAUCACGCCAGACAUCAAGAACGUUCUGCCCCCGACCGACUCGCGUCUGCGUCCCGACCAACGUGCGCUGGAGAACGGCGAGGUGGAUGAUGCAGAGGCGCUCAAGCACACUCUUGAAAAUGAGCAGCGCGAGCGCCGCAAGCAGCUCGAGGAGUCAGGCCAGAGCUACAAGCCGCAGUGGUUCCGCCCUAACUCGAAAUCGGGCCCUGACGAGCCCGAGUUUGUGUACGGUGGUCCAGACGGCAAAGAAUAUCACCAGGAACGCCAAAAGGUCGAACAACAACAAGAAAACUGGAACGUGGACGGCGCCAAGAUCUUUGAAGUGAAUCAGUGA